AGGCUGACCAACCCUAGCUGCCGUCGCACCACUCGCUGCCGCGGCCGACCUCAACCCACCCGCCGCCCCGGCCGACCUCAACCCGCCCGCCGCCCCGGCCACACCUCUUCCCGCUCGCCGCCCCCGCCGCGGCGCUCGACCGCAGCUUCUGGAUCAGGUCAACGCGGCGGCUCGACAGGCUGGGGACGAUGCGUCUGCUCGAUGCAAAACGGCGGCGGCGGGAUCCAGCGGGCGCGGGAGAAGAAGAGAUCCGGCGCGGCGGCGCGAAGUCCUUGCAAGUGGAGGCGGGCCUCCAUGGCUGGCAGGGAGAGCUCCAAGGUCAUGGCGGUGAUUCGAUUUUUCUGGUAGAGAAGAGAGACAGAGGAGGAUCCAGGGUGGAGGAGAGGUAGGAGAAGAAGGACGAGGAAGAUGGAAGGGUGCGGCAGGGGUGCAGCGGUGCGAGGGCACUGGUGCGCGUGAGGAGCGCCUCUCCUCGGGAGGAUCAGGGAGGAGCGAGUGAAACUCAAAUCGACUUCAGAGCAAGGUACUGGUGUAGAACUACGAAGAAGCAAGAUGACCAGAUGCACACGUACUAGCCGGCAACAACGAUGAAGGAAGCCAACCAGAUGUGCACAAAACUACACUACAUCAUGCCUAAUUGAAUCCUCCGGUACGUGUUCCAUUGGCUAAUAGACCAUGCUAGCUAGCUAGCAACCAUGUAAAUUCCCCACGCUUGAUUGAUUCCUUUGGGACUUUAUUAACUUCUAUAUGUUCUUCCCAUGAUUAUCUAGAUAGUGCUAACUGUUGAUAUUUCUUUCACGCAUACAUGGUUUUGCUUGGAGUUUUUCCACUGGCGACGUCUGAACUCUGAAUAUUAUGAACUUAAGGAUAAAUCUUAUAGCAGAUCAAAAUCAUGGUCCACCCAAAAAGAAGAGACCAGAAUCAUGGUUGUGCUGAUUCCAUAGGGGCCUCGUGAUGGUUUGUGUUCUUUUAUUCAAAUGAAAAAACCAAGAUUAUUAUUGUAACUGUUACAGUUGUACUAGCAGGAUUAUCCUAGAAGCUGUGCCAAUUUUCCAUCAAUUGAUAACACUGUAAGGUAGUGAGUCAUCUUUGUAGACUUUACCAUGCCUAGAUUGGUUGACUUGGAUCAUGUGUAUGUCUUACACUUUUAGACAAUUCUCACUUGCUAUGCUAAGCUCGAAUUUGAAGAUACAAGUUGAGGUGUGUCUUGGGACAGUGUGACUAAAAACCGAACCUUCAGUUUAUGCAAUCAAAAGAAAAGUGAAUGAUUUUUCAAUGAAAACAGAAUACUUCUGAGCAUAAGGAUGAAAAAGUGCAGCAACUGACUUGGCUUAUUGUUUUGGAAAUUGCAACCGGUGCUCUCCUUCUUGUUUUUGUGAUCACUGGUGCUGUUACUGCCUCCAGAAGCUUCAAUCUAAAGCCUUCUAUAAGAAUAUCAUCAUGGAGUAGAUCAAAAAGUUGGAGCAACGAGAUAACAAUACUGAUUGGUUGGUAUUAACUAUAUAAAAUAAAUUGAUUAUUUUGUCUAACAUACAUUGUUGCUAAUUUGUUCAUGCUUUCCUCAGAUUCUGAUAUGCUGAAAAGUUUGCCAAAGUUGAGUCACUAGGAACUUGAAGUAGUGUGUUAGGAUUUUAGCAACAUAAUUGGCUCAACUCUGGAGACUAUAGUCUACAAAGAAACAAUGAAGGAUGGACCUGAGGUUUCUGUCAUAUCAUUAUGCGCCUUUGAAGGUCAUUAGACUAGCCAGCAUGAGCUCUUUUACCAAAAUAAGGUUAUUGAUCUGGCAAGGUUGAAUCAUGAGAACAUAGCAAAAUUUCUGGGCUAUUGUAGAGAGAGUGACCCAUUCUCGAGGAUGUUAAUCUUUGAGUAAAAAUCAAAUGGGACCCUGUACGAGCACCCACACUGUAAGUCUAUCUCUUCAAUUUCAUUAGGACAGACUAAAUAUUUGCAUUUUCUGUGUGUUGUAGAUUUGAUCUCAUUUGUUUUCGUCCUUUAUAUGGUGGGGAAGCGGCCCAAUUCUCUUGGCUCAGAUGAAUGAAAAUAGCCAUCGACAUCGCCCAAGGUUUAAGGCUGACGACGUCGUCUAUUGAAGCCCCACCGGCGACACGACGGGACAGCUCCGACUUGUACGUGGGUGUGGGAACGCAGAUCCGCGUUGCCAGCUUACACAAGGCCAUGCUCAACGCGCCGACGCAGGGUUUAUCGCCCGUCUUUGUCAGAUAAGCAAAGCAAUCCACCUUCCUCUUUCUCAUCAGAUCCAUUUUAUUGUGAUAUUGCAUUUAAGUCAAUCAAUUUUUAUGAUUCUUUCAGUGUUAAAGAAAAUGGAAUUUACCUGAAUAAAUUGCGUGUAUAGAUAUGUAGAGGAUGAACUCAACAAGUGGAUCUUUCAAGGUUAAUUAGCUUUGCACAUUUUAUAAAAUAGAUGCAAUGGUAUAGCACCUUCAGUAUCAUGCUUGCACUCACAUGUUGUUCCAACAACACUAUGAAUGCUGCCCAGAAUUGCAGUGGAUUUUCUAUAAGUUUCUAUGAUGCUCCUUUUCAGGUGACUUUCAUGUGAUUUCUACUUCUAAAAAUUAGAAAGUACCUUCAGAUCAAAGCAGUGGAUUUGUAGAUUUUCUGGGUAUUGGUGCUACUCCAUCUCCAUUUGGCUUACGGUCUUUGGUCACUGAUUUUGAGGUACGACGUUGUUUUACUUUUAUGUUAAAUCCCAUUUAGCUUGGCACCUCCAUUUAUUGGUUCGGACCGAGCAAAGAUCCCGUCGAGCAAUAUCACUGACUGGAAGCAUAAAUUUUCAAAUCAGUGAUGAGAUAAAUCUUGUGUACCGGUGCUUAGCAGCUAGCAAAGUGCGGCUGGUAUUUUUGGUCUGUAUGUAGGUAGCUUCCUGAUGUGUGUGGCUGUGUAUUCAUUCACGACCUAAACUUAUUUCUGUUGGCUUCAUUUUAGUAAAGAUGGGGUGGGGAAAAAAACUACACCCUAUAUAUGUAAGUUGACUGAAAAUAAUAAUAUGUUUCAGUAGCUAUAUUUCUCUGUUUCCUAACAUGGUUGUAGGCUAGAUGUUCGUGUUGGUUUGUCUUGCUGCAGAACUUGCCCCUAUUCAUUUGUUACACAUUUUGUGUAGCUAUCAAGGAAGAAAGUAAUGGACAUUCACAGGUCAGAGUCUCCCCAUCAGCAUUUGAUGGCAGGGGCCGCUGCUUUACAGAAGAUGGAUGUGAAACCAAAAUCAUAUUCUACCAACUUUUAUUUAAUGCAUAUUAUCAUUUAGCAAUACGUUGGUUGUGCCUCCCCGUGAUCAAUGGAGAUCUUCUGUAGAUGUAUUGGAGUUUUGUCAUGCGUUAAACUUCUCAAUGGUUGACCAUGGAAAAUCUGUGUAGUUCUUAUUUUGUACAUAUGCUUCUGGUUUCAAGGAGAAUUCUUACUCCUUUUGGAAUUACCAUCUUUAAACAUUGUAGAUCCCAAUCUCUUGUGUAUUUGCAUCAAAUACUGUUUUUCAAAUGCUUAUCAUGUAUAAUACUAAACUCCCUGCCCCCUACUUCUUCUGUCACAUGUGUUAUUCCUUUGUCCUCAGUGAGCUCCAGAAAACACAACUGCAAGGUAGAGAAUAGUUGCCACUUAGUUAGCAUUUUAGUUAGCAGUGUAGACAUGUUAGUAAUACUAUAAUGCUGGACAAUAAAUGACUUCGACUACAUUCGAACGAACUUAUCUUGCUUCCAAGAAGAGUAAAAUCAUCUUUAAUAAUUUCCUGGAUUUUGCUUAUAUUCAUGUUUCUUAACAUGUUUGGAAUGUCGUUUCCUCCAAAAUGCGACAUUUACCUUCCAUUUGGAGUAUAGGAUGCAUUUUUUAUCAGUUGAUGACUGAAAAAAAUCACUUUUCUGAUAAAAACGCUAUCCAUCAAUUGGACUUAAUUAAUUGCCUUCUAGACACACCUUCAAAUAUAUACAGGUUCUCUAAUAAGGUAGUCGUGGGAACACUAUAUUUUUGGUUUACAUUGUAAAUGUUUCCAGUGACCACAAAUUUGACUUUCUUUUUUGCUUCUUUUCAGCUUUCAGGUCCUAAAUGAGAAGGUAAGGAUGUACUUGAGCAGUAUGAGAAGACCGAGUUCCAUUAUCUUAGAAGCCAGAAGUUUCCCAUUAAUCUUUGGUUCUAAAAUUUGUUUAAGAAAAUGGUCAUUCUGCUAUUAGCACCACGAUUAUGUGUCAAUUGUAGAUUCUUAAUUGGUUAGAAUUAUUUUAUACGUUUAAUUCCUUUGGUUCAUAUUUAUUCAACAACAAAAUAUUUUUGAGAUUGGUCAAUUUGAGGAUCAAACUUCAAACAUGUGAAUUGAUGUGGCAUCAAGCUAAAUCUAUUGAUACAUAGCUAUCCUUUUUUGCUUUGCACAAUUAAUAUUGUUACUGGAGAUGUAUGUUAAUCCUCUAGCUUUGCUCAUUUUAUCUUUUGAUUUCAUCUGAGUUGAUAGGAUAUUGUGUCAUGCGUUCAAAAAUUAUAUGGUCAUGUGAUUAUAUGGUCAUGUGGGUGGAUUGUUUCUCCUGUUGCAAUGCACGGGCAUGUUUCCUAGUUAAAAUAAAGCGGCAUUUACCCUAAAAAAAUAAUACGGAGUACAAAUUGGGAAGGAUAUGGUUUUGUGGGUAGACUGGACGCACUAAAACACGGCACCCGAACGCGACCGGACGAACCGGACACGGAGCGUGAAUGGUCAGUUCCUUCCUUCGUCCCCAAGGCCCAAACCGCGGGGUGCGGCUCGGCCCCUUCCUCCCCGUCCUUUUCUCGCGCACUCGGCACUCGCAUAGUCAUCGCAUCUUGGCUGCUCACCCCCCCGGCACCUGCAGAAUCCCCAUCCGCGUUCCACUUCCACCGAGGCGGAGGAUGGCCUCCGACGACAGCAGCUCGAGCCACCCCACGGAGAAGAAGGAGGAGGCCUCCGCCGCCGCCGCCGCCGGUGGAGCUGGCUUCGACGAUCUGGAGGACCCGCGGUUCCAGUGCUGCGUAUGCCUGGAGCUUCUGUAUAAACCAGUUGUUAUUGCAUGUGGUCAUAUGUCAUGUUUCUGGUGCGUCCAUAAGGCUAUGCAUUACGCCCGGGAAUCCCAUUGUGCAAUAUGCAGGCAACCGUAUACUCAUUUCCCAAGUAUCUGCCAACUCCUCCAUCACUUGCUUUUAAAGCUUGAACCCGUGGAAUACAAAAAGAGGGAAAUGGAAGUACUAGAGCAAGAGAGGAGUGUGGAUACCUUUUCUCCACAAAUCAUCGAGUUCUUAAACUCCAAGAACAAUAAUGGUGAAAAUGGAGAAGAUUGGGGCAACAAGCUUGAAGAUGGCAAAACUGGACCUCCAGGAGAAGUCUCAGUUGAUGACAAUACUAUGAACGAACAUUCAAUGAAAAUAAAGUUAGAUGAUGUGUCUUGUCCUAUCUGCAAGGAGCUGCUGUAUCAACCUGCUGUUCUUAACUGUGGUCAUGUGUAUUGCAUAUCUUGUUUGCCUUCCGUGGGUGAUGAAGCAUUGAAAUGUCAAGUCUGUGGAGGUCUUCAUCCUGGAGAUUUUCCUAAUGUUUGUUUAGAUCUUGACCACUUUCUGGAAGAAUAUUUUCCAGCAGAAUAUGAAUCAAGACGCAAGAAACUUCAGCUUGAGAAUAGCCAAUGCAAUCCUGAAGGAUCAUCUUCAAGUACUUCAUGCAAGAAGGGAACUUUUGUACAGAAGACUCUAGACUUAUCAAAUGUUCACAUUGGAGUUGGAUGUGACUCAUGCGGGGUCUAUCCGAUACGAGGCAAGCGAUACAAAUGCAAGGAUUGCACAGAGGCAAUUGGAUUCGACCUUUGCGGGGAAUGCUACGACAGCACUUCAAAGCUCCCAGGCCGCUUUAAUCAGCAGCACACACCUGACCACAGGAUGGAACUCGACAAUUCAUCACUGUUUGACGCGUUCCUGAGAUUCCAAGGGAUACCCGCGGAGGGUCUGCAGCAGCUGGUACAACAAAUGGAGCUCAUUGGUGCUGGUGGCAUGGUGCAGUUAGUGGCUGAUGAUGAAGAGAUGGAGGACAAUCAUGAGGAUGCUUAGUUGCUGUAGGAACCAAGCAAGCAUUUCUAGCAAAAGCUGAUUUGGGGAGCGAGCCUUGAAAUAUUGUGGUGAUCGGAUUAAAUGAAUGUAGCGUGCUCCAUUGUCCUUGAUUCCUUUUGGGUCCGAAGGUCAAUUAGUCUUGUUUAUGCUUUCGUACAUUUAUUUAUUACUGUAUUAUAUUAGUCUUCCAUCUAUAUAAUAAUAAAAAGAAAUUAUAUA